CCCCCACACGUACGGACGCCAUUUUUAUUUAUGUGGGGAGCUCGGUGGGGUUGAUACGAAGUGCGAAGAAAUUUCUAACGUUUAUACGAACGAGAUUUACGAUAGUUCGAGGAUUGACCAGAGGGAUAUGUCGCCUCGAGAUGUGCAAAUGAUGCGGGUCAUUGUUACGUUUACACGUGAGAUCUUUGCGUGAGUGACUGUCCAUUCCAUCGGAUGGUGAUCGUCGUGAGCGCAAUUCUCCACCUUUCCCAGCGCUCCUGUUAAUAAAAUGGAUCAUCGCCAAAAGAUGGUUGUGGUUCCUCAACAAUCGAAAAUUAAAAUCGAGGACGACGACGACGAGGAUGUGGAAGCAUUGAGAUUGGCAGCGCUUAAGUCACUGCGACCUAAGGAUGCCACGCAUAAGAGGUCAGCGAUAUUACAGGUGCAGAAAGUUUUCCCGCAAGUAACGCAACCAUCUCGUCUCCCAUAUAAGGAUCAACGGCCUAUGAAAAGAAGUUUCUAUCAUAACAGGUCGCAGCCAAGACAAAAUGGGAAUGUGUAUUAUCAGAGCCCUCGUAAUCCGAAUCUAAUAGCGAUAGUUCCUAUAGACGAACCUUCUCCAAUUCAGCAGGCUCAGCUACCUCCUGUAGAAAAGACUGAACCCAGUGUAAAAUCACAUCCACAAGAAAUAUCGAAAUUCCAUCGUUUUAAAGACAGUGGAAGUGCUUCAGAAGAAGAAGAUGCAAAGGAGCAAAAAAGUAAUAUAACUUCUGUACAGACAGAAAUAAUAAAAAAGGAACCAGAAGAAUCUUUGGAAAUAGAAAGUCAGGAGGAAACUACAGAGAGUUCUCAAAAAAAUGGAGAUAACCAAGAAGAUGAAGGUAACGAUGACGAUGAUGAUGUACUCUUAAUGGCCGAUCUCGAGGAAGAAGACAGUUUAGAACGUUUAAUGGAUGAGAUGGAGAGAGAAAUGAAUGAUGGAAAUAAGCCGUCUGAAAAGAAAGACAAAAAAUUGAAUAAAAGCGAAACUAAGAAUGUAACGAAAGGUGACGAAGGAAACAAAAAUUCUGAUCCAAAAAUGAAAUCGGACGAAAAUUGCAGCAAGAAGGAGAGAAACAACACGGUUACCUCGUCUCUGGCUGCAGUCGUCAAGAAUGAUAGACGAUCGGUUUCUCCGCACAUAACGAACCGGGUAGGUCAGAAACGCAAGUCACUAUCCCCAAGGUCACGAUCACGAAAGAAAUCACCAAGGAGAUCUCCCAGAAAAUCUCCGAUUAGACAGCCAAAAAGAUCUCCGAGGGAAUCGAUAAGGUAUAGAUCACCUCGCAGAUCUCCAUCUUCGCGAUAUUCUCCUAGAUCCAAAUCACCCAGACUCUCGCCGCGCAGAUCUCCAAACAGAACGACCACGAAGAGAUCGCCGCUGAGAAAAUUAUCCCCAAGAGGCAGGUCACCCAAACUUUCAUCACGCUCCAGAUCGCCCCGGCCACACAGAUCGAGAUCGCCGAGACGAUCGCCUCGAUCGAAGUCUCCCAGACCUCAUUCUCCCAAAAUAUCACGCUCUAGAUCACCGAGAUUAUCAAGAUCGAGAUCACCGCGUUUCUCGCCACCGCUCAGAUCAUCCAGAUCUCCCAGAUUAUCGCCAAGAAGAGUAUCGCCUCGUCGAUUACGAUCUAGAUCCAGAUCUCCCGGUUUGUCUUCUCCUCGAAGGGGAUCGCCUCGUUUGCGAUCGCCUCGCUUACGAUCCCCAAAUUUGUCACCACGUAGAACACCACCGCGCCUGAGAUCGCCACGACCUUCGCCUCGCAGAUCACCAUGGUCGUCCCCGAGACAUUCACCCCGUCUUUCACCGCGACGGAGACGCUCUCCCAAAGAGCGGUGGUCACCUAAAGAAUUACCCAGGAAGCAUGGACCACGUUCCAUCACUCCGGACAUCAAUCGAGACGAGUAUGCGAGAGAUCCGUCUCCGGUUUUCAAGAAUGCGGUAUCACCAGAAAUACCCAGAAUGAGAGCAAAACAAAAGGAUGACGCGUAUGAAAGGCCAGAAACAAUAAAGGAAUCCGUUGAUACCAUCAGUGAUCCUGUACUCGAAGCAAGAAGAAAAAAGUUUGAAUCUACGCGGCCUAUCGAUCCUGUAAAUGCCAAUAAAAAGAUUAAAUUAUCCAAGAAACAUACCACGAAUACGAAAGUGGAUUCCUCGGAAGGAACGGAGGUUCCAUUAAGAAAAACGAAUAAAGCUUUAGAGGAGUUUGAGGUUCAAGAGGUGGAUUUAUGUUUGCCAGCAGCAGGUUAUGAGUUUGAAGAAUUUGAAGAAACGGUAGAGAAUACGUCUCCGACAAUUAUUACAAGCUCUGUAAAUACAUGCAUAGACGUAGAGCCACAAAAGAUGGAGAAAGAAAAGUCUUUGAAGAAAAAGAAGAAGCGCGAUAAGGAGUUGUAUCAAGUGGGAAAACUAAAAAAUGAACUGCCGCUUUCUGAACGUAUCGGAAAAGAUAAGAAGUGUAAGAAACGUAAGGAGAUAGUCUCCGAGGAGAGCAUGGAGAGCACUGUAUUCGAAGAUAUAGCAGAUGAAGAAGGAGAUUUACGAACGGAACUCAGCAGGAGACGCGCGGAAAGAUUGAACAGAACGGUACCGAUUCAAUCUGCUAGAUUAGUGCAGUCAGCUUUCAAAGGCGUUGUUAAUGAGGUUGUGAAAAAUAAUGCGAAAGCUAAUCAGAGACAUGUCCUUAACACUGAUGAAAAAUCUAAUCAAAAGGAAGUUAGACGGGUUACUGUGCUACACAGAUCGUUAACAGAAUUACACAAUUCUGAAGAUGAAAGUACUCUUGAUUCGAAAGUACCUGUGCGUUUCAGACUGGGGCUCAACAAACAAGUGCAAGAGUCCAGAGAAUCCAAGGUUACUCGAAAAACAUCCAAAAGACAGGGUCGUAAGGAAUAAAAUAAAUCCGCGUUCACCCGAUUGCAUAUUUGUAUGAAGAGAGAAUAGCGGUUCAUCUCUUACUGCUCAUUAUGUUGUCGACACAUAGGAAGAUGCGCUCAUUAACGGUUAUAUUAUAUCAUAUAAAAAGCAUCUCUUUUCUCUUUUCAAGCAUAAAGUACAAUAAUAUUAAUAAUACUUGAAGAUAAUAUCUAAAUUUUUCGAUAUUUUACGAUUUAAAUGUAUUCGAUUGUUUAUCGUUUGCUUAGGAAAAGUUGAUUACGUGUGAUUAUAUUAAAUCAUUUGUUGUAUUAAAGAUUAUGUAUAUAACUUACUUUGCUCGCUCACCUAAUAAACAAGAAUCAUUAAUAUAAUCCCAAAGCUACCUAUUGCAAAACCUAAGUAUAUUUUAUAUGAGAACUAGUAAUGUGUAGGCACAUAUCUUAAUUGUAUUAAUACCGAUCAAAUUUAAUAAGAAUGUUGUAGUAUAGCUUGUAAAUUCGGUUAACGAUGUGUCGCGGCACCAAAUGUCCUGUACAAAUCAUAAUAGCGAUCCAAUAACAAUGCAAUUUUUGUUAAAAUUUAUUUUUAACGUCGCUAAACGACAUAUUUUUAAGCAGAAUGCAAAUUCCUUAAGAUCUAAUUGACAAUGUUUUA